UUUCCGAGCGCGGGUGUGGCUAGGGGCGGGAGACACCUGUUGUUUUACAGAUGGAGGCUCUUGUUUGCUGGCACAAACAUCGACUGAGACACUUUACUGGAUAUUUGUGUUAAAGUGCUGGACUUGGCUGUCUAAACGGCAGGAGCGUGAAACGCAGAAACACGCAUCACAAACGCGUUUCAGAGGCGUUCACCUGGCGUCUGAUUUGUGCCUCAUCAAGACAGAUGUCCUAUAACAAGAGUUUCCUGGUUUUUCUCCUGGUUCCAGGAACUGCUUUACUGCUGUAUCUCUCUUAUUCCCAUAUGACAACAGGGCAAGAUAAGAAAGAACCACAAAGGUACCCUCUUCCAAAACGACAAAGCACAGCAGCACCAAGUAAGGAUCAUGUAAAAGAAGAACCAGAAAUGGACACUGUCCAGGAAGAACCAGGAUUGUACCAUGUGGCCUACCCCCGAAAAUAUAAAUUUAUCAUUGACCAACCAAAGAUAUGUGAACAGCAAAAGCCCUUCGUGGUGAUUAUGGUCCCGGUGCCUCCUUGGGACGCUGAGGCACGCAGUGGCAUCAGGAGGACGUGGGGUGGAGAAAAGCUCAUUGGGGACAAAGUGGUGGUGGUGCUGUUUAUUAUCGGCUUACAUAGUGGAAAUGAUCAAGAAACGCUGCAGGAGAAACUCCAGAAUGAGAGCCAGCAGUACCAAGACCUUCUCCAGAGCAACUUCCUGGAUUCCUACAAGAAUCUGACCAUUAAAACCAUGAUGAUGAUGGAAUGGCUCAACAGGAGUUGUCAUCAGGCAUUCUUUGCUGUGAAAGUAGAUGCUGACGUGCUCCUUAACAUGAACAAUCUAAUAAAUAUGCUUGUGAGUCUGAACCCAGUACCAAACAACUAUAUGACCGGGCUAGUGUGGUACGGAAGCACUGUCAUUCGAAAUCCGUUCAACAAGUUUUAUCUCCCCUAUGACGUGUUCCCCAGAGACACGUAUCCGCCAUAUCCUCUAGGCAUGUGUUACAUCAUUUCUUUGGACCUGCCGCAGAAAUUUUUGCAGGAAUCGAAGCACAUUAAGGCCAUAUAUAUAGAAGAUGCAUAUCUUGGCAUGUGUUUGGAGCGUUUGGGUAUCGUCCCAACUCAACCGCCAAAUAUAGAACAAUUUGUGGUGACACCACCGCAGUACAAUCGCUGUUACUAUUCUGGACUGAUAGCAAUACUUACAGACAACACAAAUCAGAUGACGUCUUAUUGGACAGAUAUUCAUUCAACCAGCAAUCCAUGCUGAGGUGGAAACAUCCAGACUAGAGGUCUUCACGGGUCCACUUGGAUCCGAAAACCCGAGACCCGAGCGGAUUCGGGUCCAAAACUUCGACGAGUACCUCGGACACGGGUCGUAUUCGGUAUUAGCGGUCUCGGGUAAUUUAAGAUGAACAUGCUUUUUCCAAAUGGACCCGAUUAGACCCGAACUCUUUUAAACUAUCCCGAAUGCGUAGGCUAAUUUUACUUUCAUGUUAAGUGAGGAACGCACAUAGAAAAAGAGCAUAUGUUUGUAACCUUGCACACAGAAAUCAUCUUAUAGAUAUGAGAUCCAUCAGGAAAAUUCACUCGCUUCAUUAUGCUGCGUGUUCAUGCAGGGCUUUUCUUUUUUGUGUGCAGAAGCCUUUCGCCGGAGAUCAGGUUGCACGAACACUAGCGAAUCCAUGAAUUAUUAGGCUAUAGAUUAAAUUUUUAUCAAACUGUCACGUUUAUUUUUCAAAUC